CAACGAGAAUCGGCUGGGAAGUUUUCCGCGAUACGAUCACGGGAAAAGUUUCCACGAAACGUUUCCGACGCGCGUUUUCUUUUUUUUCUAUCGUGACGAGUGAAAGGUGGUAGUGUUGAAACUUUGGCAUCGACCGCCGGACAGGCGAGUGUGUGUGUGUAUUUAUUUUCGGCUUAUUUCCGCGCAAUCAUCGAAAACGUCCUAUGGGAAACGUGAACGAAAACACUGGGCGUCAGGAGAAUUGGUCGAGCAAACGAGCCGUGGUGUCGGAACGAAUGAAAUUGAACUAAUCUCGCGUGACCCUCGGGUCACCGAAUCUCGUGGCGUUUAUUGGACGUCAAGAGUAUACACCGUUUUCGUGGAAUGUCGACACGACCGCGAUAGGAAUUUGCCGCGUGGUGCUAGCAUGACAGUGGAUGGACGAUGUGCUGUCAUCCAAUGAAGAGGAUGUGAAUCGCUUUAAUAUCAAAGUGAACGCGCCAUCAAAUAGUCGCGGACAUGGCUUUGAGGUGGCAGGCGAGGCUGUCCAUUGCUGCCAUACUCUUUAUGUGUACAGAAGAUACGCUCAGUUUAGGAGAUCGUACGAUGGACAACAUGGAUCGACACGCGGGUCAAGAUAGACCGGGAAACGAGUUGCCAGAUCUAAGGAGCCCACCUACGUUCGACUACUCGCAGAACACCAACGUGACAGCGCUAAUAGGAAAGACCGCUUAUCUCACGUGUAGAGUUCGCAACCUGUGCGACAGAACCGUAUCCUGGGUGAGGAACAGAGAUAUUCACAUUUUAACGGCAGGGGCGUAUACCUACACGAGCGAUCAGCGAUUCCAAGCGCUUCACAGACAAAAUACAGGCCAAAAUAACGAAUGGUCUGAAUGGACUCUUUGCAUAAAAUGGGCGCAAGAGAGAGACCAAGGGCUCUACGAAUGUCAGAUCUCCACUGUUCCCGUCAUGUCGCACCAAUUUCGCUUAAACGUUGUCGUACCGACAGCGACGAUACUCGGAGGUCCAGAUCUGUACGUUGGCGAGGGCAGCACGAUAAACUUGACGUGUGCCAUACAGUUCAGCUCGGAGCCACCAGCCUUCAUCUUUUGGUACUACAAUGAGAACGUUUUGAGCUAUGACAGUCCCAGGGGCGGCGUCUCGGUGAUAACCGAAAAGGGUAGCGACGUCACCACCUCUUGGCUCCUUAUCCAGACGGCGCAACCCUCGGACUCUGGGGAGUACAGCUGCAAACCCAGCAACGCCAAUACGGCGUCCAUCAAAGUUCAUGUCCUAAAUGGCGAGCGACCAGAAGCGAUGCAGACCGGAACGGCGGGACCUAUUUUAUCCUCCAGCUGUCUUUUGGUGUCUCUGAUCAUUUUGUACAUAUCGUCGAUGUGAAUGAACGUCGAAUGAAACUAAUCACCGUCACUGCUACCACUCGUACGAUUAAGCGGGCAAGACACUGUAACGACCUACAAAAGUACAUAUUUGGGGGGGGGGGGGGAUUUGAGAAUUUUUACGAAGCAAAUGACGGGAGUAAAUCGAUUUAUAGUUUAUCGCGGUUACUAUUUAUACGUUUAAACAAAUUUCUCCAUCCAUUUUUUGCGUAUUCCAUUUCAAGGUGUUCGCUGCGACAUCGAUGCAUCCACCUUGGCGACGAUUACACGUCAUGCGGUUGAUAAGAUGCGAAGAAAACAAAAAUAUUUAGAAAGUAUAAGCCUUCGUUUAUAGCUCCAUGUAGGCGAAAAAUAAUAAAAUGGCAGGAUGGUGAAAAAAAUGUUGAACUUUGGCAAAAAAAAUUGAAGGACUUCGCUGAUGAGAAACAGGAAAGGAACUAUAAUCAAAAGAAGCCGUACGUGGGGCCAUAGACAAUAGGUUUUUCCUACGAUAAUUUUCGUACGUAUAGUUUUUCUUAUAGUCGAAACAUAGAAAAUCGAUAUUUUUACAGCGCCCCUUACAGUGUCUUCUGCCCCUUAAACGGAGCUCGAGUUUGUCAGGCCACAGUCACGUUGAGAUCGCGCUACUGUUUGCAAAAAUCAAUGGGACUGGGAACGAAUCGAUCUACGAAUUUCGCGUGUCUAUCUAAUAGCAUCGUGCUCGAGAUAUAGAAUAUCACGAACGCAAUGUAAGUAUUCGCACGAAUGGCGAUUCGUUACUUCGACAUAGUUUACAACUUUCACGUUCGAUCGUAUGUUUGUACCUGUCAGUGAGUCGCAUUCACGCUAAUUUUGGUCAUCCAGUUUCGGUGAACCACAGCUACAAAGGUUUCUCGUCGUCUCGUUGUAAAUGCAAGAAUAAAUUUCGCGGAACGAGCACAGAUCUUCCCGAACGGCGUCGCGGUCGUCACAAUCGUUCGUAUUUCAUCUCGUUGGUUACCACUGAUAGCGUGCGAUCCUUAUACGAUCGCAACGAGGGAACGACGAAACAAGAAACGUGGAGAAAACGCCGCGUUACACGUUCUCCGAUAAUCGGCGUAUCGAGAUUUAAUGUGUAUGUAUGUCCCGAGAAUGUUGGAAUAUAUUGUAUGUUGGUCGAAAAGCGUAUAGUUAGAUGAACGUCGACGCUAAUACCGAAGGUAAAGGUGGUAUAGGAAGGAAAAGUUGGUUCCGUUGAGAAGGAAACAAAGGGGAUUCGAUAAGCCACAGUGAGAGAAAUCGAUUUACGAGAGGUGUAAAACCGAGAAACAACCAUCUCGCGGCACGCUCCACGACUGGUCGAAUCUACGAAAUGCAGGAUGCGCGAGACAGUAUUCACGAGGAAAUAAAACGUGACUCGAUUGCAAGAUCUCGUGCUUCCCCUUUUCGAGGAUCGAGGACGCACGGCUAUCCAGUUGACGAAAGUAAUACAGGAGAAACGGAGCAGCGGUCUCGAAAACCGUUGAUUAAUCGACGAGACGAAUUCGCCUUUUCGUCGCGUCACAUAGAACCACAAGUGAGACAGGUAACACGCGUUAUACGUCGAAUCGUCUGGUGAUUUUUAACGAGCUGCCGCGUAGCCAGCAAGUAUAAACGUUAAAAUUCGAGGAGAAAAUAUCGUCGUUCCGCGUGACAGCUACACGCGUUAUACGAAUGUUAAUAUAUCUCGGGGCGAGCGCAUUACGGCUACCGCGGCUGAACGUGAAUCAUUGUGGCGUGUCGGACGAAAAACGCUCGCAAAUCCCUUCCAGCCGAUUAACAGUCAGAAACGCAAACAUUUCUCGAUUGAAAACAAUUACGGGGAAUUAUUGUUAUCGAUCCAGUCGAAAUAAUCGUUGCGCUUUGAGCUAGCGGAAUUCACGACGACCAGUCGCGUUCUAAUUUCCAAACGUUUACGAUGUUCGUUUAUAAAGCUUAUCGAUUCGUGUCAACCGGCGAAUAUUCGAUGAAUUAACCGGAUGAUUUUUAGCUCGCCCUGUACAAACGGAUUCCAGCUUUUAAACGAUUUUGUUCGUGCCUCGGUGAUUAUCCGUUGACCAAUUUUACUUCGAACGCAAACUUGUUUAAAAUUAUACGAAACGUUUUACUCCGACAAUAGACUCGUAAACGAAGGAACCACGAAGCGUGCAAAUUUUGUAAGCAAAAGUCAAGUUAAGAAGAUGCGUUUCGAGGAAUUAUUCGUGUUAUUCGUAUCGAAGGCGAUCGACGACGAUAGUUUGAGGAAGCGAUCGUAGCGAAACCAGGAGUCGGACGCAAGAAAUUCAGCGACGUUUGAUCGAUCUGUCUUUACGGUCGUUACACGUCGUAACGACGUCGUCUGGACAAACGCGAGCGGAAAGCGAAAGACAGUGGUACUCCGGGUGCGACUACACGGAACAUAGCUGGACGGUCGAAUUGAAAGCUAACACAGCUGGCAAACUACGACGCGACGGACGAUGUCGCUCGCUAGAUCUGUCUGUUUGCCGUUGGUAUUAGCGUCGACGACCAAACACGAGAAACUGUACAUAGCGUCUGUAUUAUAAAUUGUGGCCGGAUGAUGAUAGUUACACGCCGACGACGCGAGCGUAAAUGCGUGCACACGCGUUGCGUGCCACGCGGUAUUCUGCCUCGUCACGGCGCUCCGACUCUCUCUCUCGUCUGAACACCGGUGUGCUGGAUCUAGUAAUCGCGUUUACCGCGUGAAAAUCGAGUUUCGCGGCCGAAGUGGUUCCGUGUGAACGACCCACAAACUGUACGUGCGAACCUGUGUCAGGUUUCGUCGGUGUGGCUUAAUUAUCGGACGCCAGAUCAUCGCUAAUAUUCGGAUUUUACUCGCGAACGGUCGAGAAUGGCGCACGAAAAAACGAACUAUCGAAAGCAAUAAGUCGAAUUUUUGAAAGUAAGCGGUGAUCUUGCUUCGUUUUCCACGCAAUCGAAGAGUUUCGUCGGACUAUUCCGUCGUUCAUCCUGAUCGAUGAUCUGCAAACUCUGUAUGUAUGUAUCUCGAACUUUUAGACGACUUUCCCCCCUAACCCCUAUGAAUCUUUUUACUACUGUGUACAUUUUUCCUUCCUUUCAAAGGCUUCCCGUCGACUCUGCGUACGUGACACCGUAAAAUGACUCUGUCGUCUACACACGUAAUUAUAAGCAGCCGCGAUGAGAUUGACGGAUCAUCGUUCUGGAUCUACUUCGUUCGCGACAUAAAACGACGACAAUUUUCACUUUCUAUUUGUGUGUGUUUCCAUGUGAUAUCCUCGCAGAUACCCGAUGAAAGUAUCGCGCGGAUCGUUCCUCGCGUCCAACACAAAUCGAAUCUCCCUCACAUUUUUCUGUUCCUACCACGGUGGUGAUUCUUUCCUCCAACUUGGAUUAGAUGCGCGCGAAUGGUCGAAAAAGCCGAAAGGGGUCGAAGCGAAGAGAGGGAACGAGGGAGGGCUAGAGCUGAAACUCUAGCGGAGCCAGUCAACGAUCCGGAAGUUUUUCGAGGGUGAAAUGGAAGUUCCAGUCGAUACACGUGCGGCCGACGAAACGGAAUGUGGCCUCGUUCGCGUACACUCGAGAGAAUAAUUGCGUGGACCUUAGGGGGAGCAAAAGUUUCGGGAUUUUUCUUCGCUUUCAGCGGAAACUACGUGAAACGGAUAGGUCGUGGUCCAUUAAGCAGAAUCGUAGACUCUAUCUCACCUCGCGAAUUGCGUUUACCUCUUGCGUGUUCGCGAGCAACCCAACGAUACGUUAUCUUAUCUUGGUUCUCUUCUUUUCUUUAUUUGUCCUAUUGUUAAUAGAGCGUUUCGAAGUUAACUCGCGAAAUUCUAUCUUAAAACGAGAAACACGUUGAGACGUUGCGGAUAAUCUCGUCCGGUAAUUUCUUUCGCUUAUGUCGCGUUGUCAUUGAUACGAUAAAUCGUUUUAGAGUUUCGGAAAGGAAAGAAUCUUAUUUCAUUCGGAAUCGUUGCAGGCUGUAGUAAUUGAUAGUCGUAUAAAAAGAUGAAAAUUCUCGGGGGACGACUUAGAGUCAGCGUUUUAAAGGAAAUCGAUGAACGGUGAAAGAAGGCACUUGGAGGUCAGUCCGCGCAUCGAUAUUCCGCGAAUUUCUCCAAGUCGAAAUGUCGCGCUUUGCGUAGCAUAUGAAACGUGAAACGAGGUAAACGCUGCAUUCCGCCGGGACAAAAGGGAAACGAAAAGAAAGAGAAACGCGUGGAAACAAACUCCGGAUUCUGUUCGUUCCGACUGGACAGGCUCGUCGUGAAUUGAAUUGCGCCUGCGAAUAGAAUUCGAUUUGGGGGGUUGUCACACUCCGCUGGUCGGCUUCGAUCUUGCUCCCCUGACUGUGUACAAAUUGCUUUACCCUUGUGCCGGCCACUUUGUUCCGGUAUUCGCGGUCUUCUCAUCGCUCCUUAGAGAAAAAAUGAUGUCGCCAUGCUAACAUAAACUGUGGAAAAAGGGAAAAAAUACGAAAGGACGGUAACAGCGACCGCGGCUCUGCGAAAACGCCGCACUUAAUUCUUCCCCGAUUCUCUUUCGACGCGAUUCGACUCGUUUCGCGAUGCACGCGUUACCGCGACGAACGACGCCAUGUUCUUUCCGUGUCUUCGACACAACAGACUAGCCGAUUAAACGAAAAAUUCACAAGCGAACAGUUCGCUACAUACAGCGAAACGGCCAUUCGGCGGUGCAAGCGAUUACGAAAAAAUAAAGAAGAAAAAAUGAAGAAACGAAAACGGCGCGUCGUAGACACACUUGGCAGCCUGUAGCUUUUAAUCGACGAUACUAAACGAGUGCGUAUGACGCAAAUGCGAACGAAUUAAACAGAGGGAGAAGAUAAACCCUGGAAGAAUCUGUAAUCGCAGUGAUAUCGUUAGAUUAGAUAGGUAUAUUAUUGUACAUACUAUAAUAUUACGAUGUUUAAUAAAUAAAGACGUUGAAAGGAA